AUGUAUAUAAAUAGUAGGUAUCAAUUUGAUGAGAAAUCUGUGGAGAAUAAGUGUGGCAGAAUAUUCAGACCUUGGGAUUGUGCUGGUGAAUCGCAUGACAGUUCCCAGGAUAGUACAGUUUCAACCACAACAACUGAAGAGUCUUCACGGCCCGAAUGUGUCAAUGAAAACAAUCCCGAACGAAUCGAUAUCAAAGCGGGCUUUAGACCGUUGCAGAGUAUUUCACAGCCACCUACAAACAAACCUGACAUCCACAUUCCAUCCCACUUUCCUCUAGAAUAUUCCGCGGAUCUUUACUCCAACUUAUAUCCAGAUAUUAUCCAGACCAGCCUAGCUCAAUCGCUUGGUCUCGCUGCAACUGAUCCUCUUCUUAUGGAAUCGAUGGCUCAAGGUAUCGCUUUGGAGGAGUACGCAAGAGUAUUGAAUCAGGAACACCAUGCGAAAGUUUUAGCAGCGAAAAAGCAGAGGCCUAAGAAAUACAAAUGUCCACAUUGUGAUGUUGGAUUUUCCAAUAACGGACAGCUGAAAGGACAUAUCAGGAUACAUACUGGUUAG